AAACAGUUUUAUUGUUUUCACGAUUGUUUGAUAUGAAAUUCUCUGUUUAGCGCGGCAAUCGACCCUUUUCCGACUCAGUUUGACAAAUGAUCGCGACUAAUAGUCUCACAUCCCUGCCACAUUCCACAAAAUGACAUUCACUUUCUAAGUUUUUAAAUAAUCAGAAUAUCCAAAUUGAAAUGCUAAAUUUUCUCAGAGAGCAUCAACAUUUUAAAGACUUCAUCUCCGUUGUGUGGGCCACCUGCAUAACCGAAACCAUCAUCUACCCCAUUACCACAGCUCGUAUUCGAAUGCAAAUGAGAAGGGUAAGUAACCAAGCCAACAGUUUGACUGCAGGAAAAACCAUGCGUAAAAUUGCCAAAAAUGAAGGAUUCAAGAACUUAUUCAGUGGAUUAUUGGUUAACUAUUUACGGCAAGUCGUCUUUCAUAGCUUCCAAAUUUCGAUGGAGACACCUAUCAAUAUGAGACUAGACGGGGAAGAAUACUCGAUUUAUAGAUCAGCUGCGAGAGUCGCGGUAGGAUUAGUGGGGUUGGUUCUGAUUCAACCAUUUGUUGUGGUCAAAGUUAGGUACCAAGCGGGAAUAUAUCCCAGAAAGCUCUCUAUGAUCACUUUAUUCAGAACCAUUUAUGAAAAAGAGGGUCCACGCGGCCUAUACCGCGGAUUGACUUUGAAUGGGUUCCGGUCGGCAAUAGCCUUCACGUCUGACAAGUUCUCCCGCGAUCCCCUUGAUGAAUUUAUAAAAGACCGGAAAACAGGAGAGCGCGAAAAAUAUAUUGUCAUAACCGGCGCUACCACUUUCAUCACUGUGCUGUUAACAAAUCCAAUUGAUGUUGUCAGAAACAGAUACAUAAAUGCAAAAUGUGGUGAGUUUAAAUCUGUCCUACUCUGCGUUGCACGAAUCUUAUCAGAGGAAGGUCUGCAUGCACUUUAUAAAGGUUUCACCGCAUACUAUUAUUCCACAUUUCUGUCUUCUUUAUUGAUUUGGUAUAUUUAUGACUUGACAAGAAAUUUUAUUCAACCAAAGGACAACAUAGACUGAAUUUUCGAGGAAAACCCAUUGGUAUAAACUUAGUACCUGAACUUUUAGUGAAAAGUAAAAAAGUUGACAUGAAAUUGUUUGAUAAAUUAUAUGUACGGAAAUAUAUGAAGUUUGAAAUUUA